AUGUCCUUCAUCAAGAAUACGACAAUAAACUCAUUUAAUAAUACAUUAGAUUCGACAAGUCAAUUACUACAAUUAUCUCUCUGGCCAUUACGUAUUAUUUGUCCAUUAUUAAUUGUUUUUUGUCCUAUAGCAAAUUGGAUAUGUAUUCGUGUUUUUCAAUCACGUAUCUAUAGUCGAUCUUCAUCAAAAUGGUAUUUUAUAUCUAUUGCUAUAUUUGAUACAAUCUAUGUAGUUGUUACUGCACCACUCAUAUUUUUACUAACAUUUGAAAUUUAUAUUCUAAAUUGGAAUAUAUUAUUCUGUAAAUUAAUAGUUUUUCUUAAUUAUCUAUCCUGUCAAAUAUCUGCUGGCUUAUUAGCAUGUUUAUCAAUUGAUCGUCUUGUUGCGACAUCAUGUUUAUCGUUAUAUCGUUACAGUUGUUCAGCUAAUAUAUCGAAAUAUGUUUGUAUAUUCGUUAUAUUAACAUUGUCACUAAUAAAUUCACAUUAUUUAAUUGGUUAUACUAUUGAUUCAAAUGGCUAUUGUAGUAUAAGAUACUAUAAAUGGUAUGAAAAUUCAUAUUCAAAUUUGAAUAUUGUUUAUCUUUUAUCGUAUUCUAUAAUACCGUUUACAAUAAUAUCGAUUUGUAAUUUAUUUAUUGUUCUAAAUGUUUGCCACAAAAAAUCAAUUAUGAAAACAAAAUAUGAAAAGAAACGAUCGAUGUUAUCACCAAACCAUCUCAAUGAAGAUUCAAUGGUAAACUUAGCUAAUGGUUGCUUUUCAAAUAAACGUGAGAAAAGAAAAAAAAUGAUGAUGAUAAAUAAUAAUAAUAAUAAACAUGAAGUUAAAUUCCAACGAAAUCCAAACGAAACUAAACGUAAUUUGUUUGUAACGGUACUUGACAAUCAAAUGAUAAGUAAAUCAAUUGAUUUAAAUUUUGAAAUGCAAUCGGAACGAAAAAAUGGUUUACCAGAAAAACUACUAUUAAACGGUGACGAACGUAUUAGUAUCAUUCAGCCAUCAUCGAUACGAAACAUUCCUAUAGAUUUUUAUGCUGAUCGUGAAAUUCCGCCAUAUGAUUCACAGUUAUCUUCACCAUCAACAUAUUCUCAAAAACUGUGCGUACAAUUACAAAUAACAAUAAGUUUACUAGCAAUAUCAAUUAGUUUUAUAUUUUGUACAUUACCAAAUUGUAUAUCAACAAUAAGAAUUCAAACAUAUAAUUAUGAUGAACAAGUAAGAAAAUUUUGGCAAGCUAUGAAUUAUUUAUCAAUCGUACCAUUACUUAUCACACAUUCAGUUAAUUUAUUUUAUUAUUAUUUAUCAUCGCAUAUGUUUCGAAAUCAUUUUAAAGAUAUUUAUCUACGAAAAACUAAAUCGAUGAAACAAUGUACACUAAAAACUCUAUUAAAAUCUUGA